UUAAACGUCAACAACAAAUUUUGUCGUUGUCAAUGUCUUUGUAUCUGUGCACUCUCGUCAUUAAUAAUUAUCUCUUAAAAAAUUAAGAUAGCCAAAUUACCAGUUUAUAUUGUUCAAAAGAAAGAUGAGUACUAUUAGAAGAAACACGCAGCUCGAUUCAACAGCAUCUUCGCAAGAGAGCCACGAUCACGACGACAUAAAUAUUGUGAAGCAGAAAAAUCUCGCAAAAGAUUUGCUGAAAUCUCGAAUUUUCUUGGGUCGCUACUUAGAAAGGCGGCUAAUUAACCAACGCAUUGGCUACAGAGAUGUUGUUGUUGUUAGUCCCGCUGAGGUUGACUUGAAGAGAGAUUUGCUUGAAGUGCAAAACAGUCUUCGUAUUCUUUGCCCGAAGAUCCAAUGGAUUGGCAUUACAGACACUGAACCACUUGGCUACAACUCAUCUGGCGUAUGCCUUUGGACCGAAAUAGACAACCAACCCUUCGGGCCAUUUUGGUUUCAAGUGAGGAGCCUCAAAUUCAGGGAUGAAGAAAUUAUAGUGACCGUCAAGUGUCUGCGGCACAUAUCAGAUGCAUUUCUGGAAUUGGAACCUAUAUUGACUGGAGAGUUUGGAGGUACAAGCAAAAGUAAAGAAAAGAGUGAAGGCAAAGUUGAAAAGCCUAUUGAGGCUCUUAGUGACACUGUUCAAGAGAUAAAAGCUAAUUUAAAAAGUGCUUUAUCUAUAACCAAUGUAAAAGAAUUCUUUACUUUCAUAUUUGCACUUGUUAUUGCAGUUUUUACUGGGAGCACUGCAUUUAUUAAUUUCCUUGGCAAUUUUAUUUUAGCUUUGUUGAGAGAAUUGUCAAUUUUGGUUAAAAAUUCAACUCCAAUGUUUUUAGGUUUUUUAGAUUUUUUGAGUAAAAUUGUUGGGGGAUUUUAUAUCCUGGUAGCUAUGUUCUUCAAGCCGAGUAACCCACCUCCACAGAACAAGAGAUCACUUAGAUACAAUGACAGUACACAAUCUAGGUACAACAAUGAUAUUGACAGCAGAUAUAUUGACUGAUUGUUUUUAGAUUUUUUAUUUUAAGAUUUUGAUCAGGAGUUUGUGAUGAAAAGUUGUUUAGAAUUUAUUCUGGGUAGAUCUCAACUUUGUUAUGCAAAAGUUAAAAGUUACAUUGUGGCAUAGCUUUAUGGCAAAGGAAUCUUACUGUUGAGGUGCCUUUAUUUUAUCUAAUGCUACCCUCUUGUUCUUGUAUGCAAAUAAUAGAAAUCUAAAGAAAGCUCUAAGCACACAAAUAUUAUAACCAAUCCUCUUCUGAUCACAUAGAUAAGUGUAUAUCUGUGAUCUAAUCAUCAUGUGGCGAAAACCAGCCCAUAACAAGAUAAAAAUAAGAAGGAUGCUUUAAAAAGUGUCACAUACUUGUGACACUUCUUCGGUCUAUUUUUUCUAUGGGUUUAUACAACUAAAGAUGUGGCUGGACCUCAACUAAAUUAUAGAGACCCUCUGCCUCAAAAAGUGUUAACAUUCUUAAAGUAUUGGUGCAAUCUCUAUAAUAUAUUGAUAGCUGUUCUGCUUCCAUAUUUUAAUAACAUUCCUAUUGUUUCAUCCCAUUCCAUUCUAGGAGCUGUUUGGUAUAUAUAAUGUUUUUGGAAAAAGCCAUAAUGAACCUUAAUGACAAGAUACAAUACAAUAUGCUUUAUUGCAUACCACACACAGUUUCCAAUACAUAUACAGAAACAUAAACAAGGAUAAAAUGUGAGAGUUAUUUUCUUUUCAUACUGUGUUGUAAAUUGUAAAAGAGACUAACAAGUUUCAUUAUUGCUUGUCCCCAAUAAAUCCCCUGAUGUGUUACCAGCACAGAAAAUUAUUAGGUUAUUUUAGUUUUCUGUGGUUGCCAGCCCUAAUAAAGCAUUUGGUGCAUUGUGUAAUUUUAUAAGGAUUGAAAACAAUUUCACGGCAUUUACAUAUGAUUGUAUAAAAAAAUUAUUUAUUUUAUUUUAGACUAUUUAUUUUAUAGUCAUAAUAACACUGAAAAUAAGACGAUAUGAUAUUAUGUAUCUGAUUUCCUCUGGUUAUGGUUAAUUGAGGUAGAGUAUGUACUAGUACAUAGUCAGUUCGUAAGUUCUGUCACAAAGGUUUGGACGCAUAAAAUGUAAUACAAUGCUUUUAAUAAUAUAAUUAGCCAUGAUUUGAAAGCUUGUACUUAUCAAAACGUAAUAUAAUAUGUUUUAGGUCGCGAUUUUAUUUCUUUAUUUACUUUAGGAUCAUCGUCUAGCGAAAUCGCGAAUACGUGGCUGGAUCGUGAAAAAUGAUACUCUACAAAAAGGAGUAAAAAUCAGUCCCACAUUAAUAAAAUAGUUAUAACUGUUUAUUUGUAUGAGACUACUUUUUUGGUCCCAUAAGUCUGUACCAGCAUUUAGUUAGUUAGCGGACAAGUCUUUAGAUAAUACACUCCAAACUAAGGGUAUUUUUCAGUAACACUCCUAGAUUUGACUCCCAUAAAACAAGUAGAUUUGGUAAAACAUGUACAGUAGUAAUAAUGUCAGUCCAGUUCACACGAAAUGUAUAUCAAAAUAGAGAUAAAAGACCCAGCUUUUGCGUUAUGCAAGCUUCAAACAUGUUAAAGAGAAAAAUAAACAAAUAGUUAUCAAAACCAACUUAAAUAAGUAGGGUAUUUUUUUAAGUGUUUUUUUUUUUUUUUUUAUGACUUUCCGAAUAUUACCAAGAAUUAUGCAAAACUGCGGCAGCAAAUUACGUUAUAUUAUAUUGGAAAUUAUAUAUCAUUAAUAAGUUUUUAAACGAUAUGCAUACAUAAUAAGGAAUCUGUACCCAUAGCUUUUUUUCAAUAAAAACUUUUGUGACAGAACUUAUGACCUGACUAAAUACGCUUUUGUAAAUUUAUGAAAUUAUAGACACUUUAUUUAA